AUGCAAGAAACCAACGUGAAGGACCCCCGACUCUCCGCAUACAACUACUUCCACAAUCCUGCGAUCGAACGGAAAUAUACAAAGACCGGCCCCCCUGAAGCACGAGGACUGGCCACCGUCUACCUCAAGGGGACCGUACCACAUGCCCAAAUUGAUGCACAGAAAUGGUGCACACCAGACCAGGAAGUCACUGCGGUGCGCACACUCAUAGACAACCAUAAGCUCAUCCUCGUGUCGGCGUACGUCCGCCCUACCGCCGAAGACCCCAACUUCAGUUGGAUAGAAGAGUUACGAACGGUCUACCCAGACGAUAGGAUGGUCAUAGGCGGCGAUUUUAAUCCGCACCACCGGGAGUGGGGCUACGGCGACGAUGACCAGAGAGGAGCCAGAUUACUAGAAGCUUACGAGAAGGCGGGUCUCGAGCUCGCGAACGACACGCAUGAAAAGACGAGAGUAGGCACCUCGGCCAACCAGCAGGACACCAACCCCGACCUAACCUUAGUGGACUCAAGAAUCGAGGGGAUGGAGUGGUCGGUGUUCCCCGACGCGUGGGGCAGCGACCACUACCCCAUAGAAAUAUCGAUCCGUAUCAAGAACAGGGCCAAGGCCAAGAAAACUGUGGUCACAGUCCUCUGGGACAAAUUCAGAGCCCUUUUACGCGCCCAAAUUGACGAAAACGACAUGUCGACAAAACUCUGCGCCUUGCUAGUAGCCUCCACGAGGGAAGCCUCGACCAAGAAGGAGGUGAACUGGGACUGCCCCACACCGGACACCCACCUCCUAUCCCUGUGGGACCACCGCACGCGCAAACUCACAGAGUACAGAAAAACCAAAGACCGGAACACACUGAAGGAAGUGAACAGAAUCACCGCCGAAGCAGAGGAAUAUGCACGAAAGCUCAGAGUGAACGAGUGGCUCGACCAUUGCGCUUCCUUUGACCAGCGUACGUCGAUACGCAAGCUGUGGCGCACCUUCCGAGGCAUGCUCGGUCUCACCAAGGUCCGCAACACGAUAGAAAACAUGGCCCUAGCCCUGGACAAGCCCCUCGAGGACGUACUUGAAGACAUGGGAAAAGCCUUCUUCCCCCAACCCUCGACGACCCCGAAUGCAGCAAUCUACACUCUAGAACAAGCACCGAAAGACCCCCCUCCGUGGAACACCCCGAUCACCCGAUGGGAGCUCGAGACCAUAGGACUGGACACCAUUGAAGCAUUCCUCAAAGAGACCGGACUCUCCCCGUCACCAGACAAAACCAGAUACAUAAUAUUUACCCGCAAAGGUCACCCAACUCACGACUUGACCUUCGGUGGUCUCCCCAUCACCCAAGCAGAGACGCACAAGAUCCUGGGAGUGUUCUUCAACCAACGAAAGUCCCCCAAAGAAUGGCUAACCAGGAUGACCAAGAUUUGGAAACAGGGCACGGCACUGGUCCGCCGCAUCGCCCAAAAGACCGGUGGUGCGAGCGAGGAGGUGGCCAAGACCCUGAUACGGGCCGUGCUAGCUUCCAAGGUACUUUACGGAGCAAACUACUACAAGUUGAAUAAGAGUCACUGGCGAGCAAUUGAAAGAUGGCAGAAUGACGCCCGAAGAACUAUUGCGGGCUUACCGAGACACACCAAACUGGAGGAGCUACACAGGUGCGUUCCCCUCCCCAAACUACAGGACUUAGCCAAGGACCAGCACGAACUGCACCUCGUCUCACUGCAACACACUAGACAGGGCAGGGCCAUACUACGACUCCUGCGACAAGACGUGUCCACGCUUCCUAAACUCGGCCGCCCAAUCCCCCCGUGGGAAAUAGCAGACGUGGCCUCCAGCACACCUAUACCGCGGAAUAUGGGCCUGGACCAACCGGAACGGCGCCGGGACUACGCCCAAAAGCACCUGACCGUCGUAACCACGAAACUGGAAGACCCCACCACCAUCGUGCUGUACACAGACGCAGCACAUAAGGAUCUAGUCACCACCACGGCCUGGCACGAUCUCCGCCAAAACAAGUCAUGGAGCCGCGAAACUAAGACCGCUGGAACGCCCGAGGAAGCCGAAGCCCAGGCGAUCAUUCACGCCCUGGAACACGUUACCCAAAGCCUGAACUCACCCGUGAAGACGGUGGACAUUUACACCGACGCCCAGGAAGCCAUACGAAGAUGCCGAAAGCACGACCCCAACAGCCCGACCACCCGGCGCAUUCUUGCACUCGCCAGGCGCCUCGAGAGCAAGAACGUUAAAACCACUGUACACUGGGUCCCCGGCCAUGCCGGAGUGCCAGGCAACGAGGCCGCUCACCGGUCCGCGGAAGCGCUAGCAACGUUUCUCCUUUCGCGGCCACGAAGUGUGGACUCCCUGCCCGGCACUUCAGCCUACUCUGGCAGGACCGGCCCCAGGAAACAAGACGAGACAAGAGACCGGACCCUCUACGACCCUGAAGACGCAAUGAGAAAGGUCAGACAAGACUUAAAGAAGAGGCUCCUGGCCUCCCUCCCGCGCGAACCCGACCCCAUCCCGCUCGGCCGCUACUCCAGGAAGAAAAUGGUCCUUCUGCGCAGGAUCAGGACCGGCAGUGCAGUGACCCCUCACGACCGACGCAAGUGGGAACUGAGUGCUGGCAAGAUCGGCAGAAACAGACCGCCAGUGUCGACAGCCAGUCCGCCGGCCUCCCCGCCACAGCCGCAGCAGAUGCAACGCCAACAUUCACUGGAACAGCCUGAGAUCUGUCCCUACUGCAAAGAAACCCUAAGUGCAAACCUGCACCACCUCGUGUGGGAGUGCGGUCACUUCACCAACGAAAGAAAGAAAGCGCUUAGUCUUCUUCCACCUGCAUCGAGGCCGUCCAACCUGGAAGGCUGGGUCCGGCCUGAGGGAGACUCGGCCAGAAUCGCACUGAUCCUGGACUCAUUGCUCCUGUACUUAGAGAACACGGGCCUGGAGUCGACGUUCUGAGCACGGCCGUUCCUUCACGUCAAAGACUUCCCCAGAACCUGUUCCCUCCUCGAACCACGCCUAGGGCGACCGUUCGAAUGUUUCUUCCAAUAAACGUUUACUACCUACC